CCACUUAAAACCUCGCAUCUUUUGUUCUUUCUUUAGGUCCGUACUGGCCCUCAUGAUCCCUGUAGGUCAUCGCUUCCCUUCGAGGUUUCGAGGAUUGCUGGCUUAAAAGAAAAGCAGAAGGAAGCCAUCGCAGUCCCUUGGUUUUGCUUUUCUUCUGGCUGCUGGAAGGAAUCAGCGAGUGCUGGUUAAUUUUUCGAUGGAGGUUGGUGAUGUAUAUGGAGUCGGGAGCAUGCGGCGGAGCAGUUCGGUUUGGAGGCGUGGAGAUGAGAUCUUUUCGCGGUCUUCGUGGGAUGAAGAUGAUGAGGAGGCUCUGAAGUGGGCUGCUCUCGAGAAAUUGCCGACCUAUGAUCGAGUGAGGAAGGGUAUAUUGACUCUAGCUGAGGGAGAGCGUAUAGAAGUCGACAUCCAGAGCCUCGGGUUGCGAGAGAGGAAGGCAUUGCUCGACAGACUGGUUAGAGUUGCAGAAGAGGACAAUGAAAGGUUCUUGUUGAAGCUCAGGGAUCGCAUCGAUCGAGUUGGAAUAGAUCUCCCUACGAUUGAAGUGCGUUAUGAGCAUCUCAACAUCCACGCGGAAACUUAUGUGGGAAACAGAGGACUGCCGACUAUCCUGAAUUCCACCAUUAAUGUACUCGAGUCACUUGCCAAUUACUUCCAUAUAUUACCAAGUAGGAAGAGAUCAUUGUCAAUCCUUCAUGAUGUAAGUGGAGUCAUCAAGCCUCAGAGGAUGACUUUGCUAUUAGGUCCCCCGGGCUCAGGAAAGACCACAUUGUUGUUGGCCUUGGCUGGAAAGCUUGACUCGGACCUGAAGGUCUCAGGGAGAGUGACUUACAACGGUCAUGGAAUGGAUGAGUUCGUUCCUCAAAGAACAGCUGCCUACAUCAGUCAACAUGAUCUUCACAUAGGGGAGAUGACAGUUCGUGAAACAUUAGCUUUCUCUGCAAGGUGUCAAGGAGUAGGAUCUCGUUACGAAAUGUUGACCGAGUUAUCGAGAAGGGAGAAGGCAGCUAAUAUCAAGCCCGAUCCUGAUAUCGAUGUCUUCAUGAAGGCAGUUGCAAUGGAUGGACAGGAAACCAGUGUAAUCACAGACUAUAUAUUAAAGGUCUUAGGAUUGGAAAUCUGUGCGGACACCAUGGUAGGAGAUGAAAUGCUGAGAGGUAUCUCCGGUGGCCAAAGGAAGCGUGUCACGACAGGUGAGAUGCUCGUCGGACCUGCAAGAGCUCUGUUCAUGGAUGAGAUAUCAACUGGUCUUGACAGCUCCACAACAUUCCAGAUAGUUAAUUCACUCAGGCAGUCCAUUCAUAUUCUUGGGGGGACAGCAGUGAUUUCCCUGCUCCAACCUGCUCCUGAGACAUAUGACCUCUUUGACGACAUCAUUCUUCUUUCCGACGGGCAAGUUGUGUAUCAAGGUCCUCGUGGACAUGUGCUCGAGUUCUUCGAGUCGAUGGGCUUCAAAUGCCCGGAGAGGAAGGGUGUUGCAGACUUCUUACAAGAGGUGACCUCAAGGAAAGAUCAACAGCAGUAUUGGAUGCGGCACGAUGAAACUUAUCGGUAUGUGCCUGUCAAGGAAUUUGCAGAGGCUUUUCAGUCUUUCCAUGUUGGGCAGGAUAUAGGGAAUGAACUUUCCAUCCCCUAUGACAAGAGCAAGAGCCACCCUGCUGCCCUGACAACCUCAAAAUAUGGUGUCAGCAAAAAGGAGCUUUUUAGAGCUAACCUUGCAAGAGAACUAUUACUGAUGAAGCGACAUUCGUUUGUAUAUAUCUUCAGGGCAACUCAGCUCACAAUCGUUGCUUUCAUCGCAAUGACAAUCUUCCUACGCACGGAGAUGCACCGUGACUCCGUAACUGAUGGGGGAAUCUAUAUGGGCGCACUUUUCUUCGGAAUAAUCUCAGUCAUGUUCAAUGGAUUCUCGGAGCUUGCAAUGACCGUUCUGAAGCUUCCUGUCUUCUUCAAACAAAGAGAUUUGCUCUUUUAUCCCGCAUGGUCAUAUGCACUUCCGAAGUGGAUUUUAAAGAUUCCAGUUUCAUUUGUAGAAGUUGGAGUUUGGGUGUUCACAACAUACUAUGUUAUUGGAUUUGAUCCAAAUGUAGGAAGGCUAUUUAAGCAGUAUCUGCUCCUCUUAGCGAUCAAUCAGAUGGCAACGGCGCUCUUCCGGUUCAUUGCUGCACUGGGUAGGAACAUGAUCGUCGCGAAUACCUUUGGAUCCUUUGCACUUCUCAUUCUUUUGGUUCUUGGUGGGUUCAUCCUGUCGAGAGAGGAUGUGAAGAAAUGGUGGAUAUGGGGUUACUGGAUCUCGCCCCUUAUGUACUCACAGAAUGCAAUUUCAACAAAUGAAUUUCUGGGAAGAAGUUGGAGCCAUAGUCUUCCUGGAUCAACAGAGCCACUAGGAGUGCUUGUCUUGAAGUCUCGUGGUGUCUUUCCAGAGGCAAAAUGGUACUGGAUUGGUUUUGGUGCCUUGAUUGGAUACAUGUUGCUAUUCAAUGCUCUUUUCACCGUGGCUCUCGCCUAUCUCAAUCCAUUUGGGAAAGCUCGCCCGGCUAUUUCUGAAGAGACGUUAAAGGAAAAACAUGCAAAUUUAACUGGGGAAGUAUUAGGAUCAUCAUCAUCAAGAGGGAGGAACUCUGUAAAUGAUUUCACAUCUGGAAAUAGUGCUGAUGAGAUAAGGAGGAGCAAUUCCUCAUCAAAGUCCACAAAUGAAGUGGUUCAUCCGAAUCAGAACAAAAAGGGAAUGGUCCUUCCAUUUGUACCACUUUCCAUGACCUUUGACAAUAUAAGAUACUCCGUGGACAUGCCACAGGAAAUGAAAGCACAAGGUGUAAUAGAAGAUCGAUUGGAACUCCUUAAGGGAGUGAGUGGGUCUUUCAGGCCGGGAGUUCUAACGGCUCUGAUGGGUGUUAGUGGAGCCGGUAAGACAACAUUGAUGGAUGUAUUGGCUGGAAGAAAAACAGGGGGAUACAUAGAGGGAAACAUCACCAUAUCCGGCUAUCCAAAGAAGCAAGAAACUUUUGCUCGAGUAUCAGGGUAUUGUGAACAAAAUGAUAUCCACUCUCCACAUGUGACCGUCUACGAGUCUCUUGUAUACUCUGCAUGGCUUCGAUUGUCCUCUGAGGUUAAUUCUGCAACAAGAAAGAUGUUCAUUGAAGAGGUCAUGGAGCUUGUAGAGUUGACAUCAUUGAGGGGUGCACUGGUUGGAUUACCUGGAGUGAAUGGACUGUCGACCGAGCAACGAAAGAGGCUGACGAUUGCUGUGGAGCUUGUUGCUAACCCUUCUAUAAUAUUCAUGGAUGAGCCAACCUCCGGACUCGAUGCACGGGCUGCAGCAAUCGUCAUGAGGACCGUAAGGAGCACCGUGGACACUGGGAGGACGGUUGUGUGCACCAUUCACCAGCCUAGCAUCGACAUAUUUGAAGCUUUUGAUGAGCUCUUCCUGAUGAAGCGAGGAGGAGAAGAGAUAUAUAUUGGUCCACUGGGGCGCCAUUCUUGCCAUCUUAUUAAUUAUUUUGAGGGAAUUGAAGGUGUCAGCAAGAUAAAAGAUGGUUAUAAUCCUGCGACAUGGAUGCUGGAAGUGACGACAUUGGCCCAAGAACGGAUACUAGGGGUUAAUUUCAGCGAAGUAUACAAAACAUCUGAACUCUAUCAGAGGAACAAGAAUUUGAUAAAAGAAUUAAGUACACCACCUCCUGGUUCAAGCGAUCUACACUUCCCAACUCAGUACCCGCAAUCCUUCUUCACACAAUGUAUGGCUAACCUUUGGAAACAGAACUUAUCAUACUGGAGGAAUCCUCCAUACACUGCAGUGAGGUUCUUCUUCACAACAAUCAUAGCCUUGUUGUUUGGGACUAUUUUCUGGGACCUCGGCACUAAAAGGGAUAAGCAGCAGGAUUUGUUUAAUGCAAUGGGUUCCAUGUAUGCUGCCGUUCUCUUCAUUGGGGUACAGAAUGCUUCAUCUGUUCAACCAGUUGUAGCUAUCGAACGAACCGUAUUUUAUAGAGAAAGAGCAGCUGGAAUGUAUUCAGCCUUGCCAUAUGCAUUUGGACAGGUUGCGAUCGAAAUUCCAUACAUCUUGAUCCAGUCGUUGAUUUAUGGUGUACUAGUGUAUGCAAUGAUUGGGUUUGAAUGGACGGCAGCUAAAUUCUUCUGGUACAUGUUCUUCAUGUACUUCACAUUGCUGUACUUCACAUUCUAUGGAAUGAUGGCAGUAGGCCUGACCCCCAACCACAACAUUGCUGCAAUAGUUUCCUCUGCCUUCUAUUUGAUAUGGAAUCUUUUCUCUGGAUUUAUCAUUCCACGACCUAGAAUUCCUGUUUGGUGGAGAUGGUAUUAUUGGAUUUGCCCUGUUUCAUGGACCCUGUACGGCUUGGUUGCUUCCCAGUUUGGAGAUGUACAGAAUAAGCUUGACACCGGCGUGGCCGUGGCUGAUUUCGUCAGGAGUUACUUUGGGUUCAGACACGACUUCUUGGGAGUGGUUGCAGCGGUUGUCGUCGCAUUCCCUGUGCUAUUUGCCUUCCUAUUUGGGUUCUCAAUAAAAAUGCUCAACUUCCAAAGAAGAUGAACAAGGCUUCCAAUGAUCGACCCUGAUGUUUUGGAGAAAAGGAUUAGAUGAGUACUUACAUGACUUGGUCGGCAAAGAUCGAACAAACUUGAAGAGAAAAGAAGAAAGAAACUUGAACAGGACAGCUCACAAUAUUUUUUUUUUUUUGCGCCAUACUUUUUUUUUCAACUAUUAUUGUAGGAGUUAAAUGAAGUCGAGACUUUCUCUAAUUGUGUUCGUAGAUACGUGCUUUGAUCUUUCGGAAUUCCAAAAACUACGUGCUUUGGAUGUGUUUAUAUAGUGAAAGAUGAGACAACUUCCAGAGGAAUUCAAAGCGGGGACACCUCAACAAUACUUUAAAUUCCUCCCAUAUUAUGAAUGUAAAAUUAAAGAAAAUCAAAUCACAACAACCUAUUUGAACGUGUGAGAUGACACUGACUAUGCAAAAAAGACUAUGCGAAAUGGAAAUGUGAACAGGAGAGGACCCCAAACAAGCUCCAAAGAUGGUGGUGGAGAGAGUUAAAUCUUGAGGACUGGUAUCUUGAAAUGAUGAAGGAUGUAGGGAAAAGGAACAGGACAGAAGUUAACGCCUAUGUCGCAAAAGCAGUGGGUCUUGAUAUUGUGAAAACCUCAAGCCCACAGAGAUGAAUUAAUGUUCUGGUUGCAAUCAUACUGCCAUGCCAUGGAAAUUUUGGUGAAGUUAGCUCAUGGAGUCAUGAAGAACCAUCAUGCAUGAAUACUGGGGCGCAAUCCAUGAAUAGGAGAUGAAGAGUGAACCAAAAGGAACAUAUUGUUGGAAAUUCAAACAAAAAGUCAACACAAAUUUAGAAUUGAUAUUUUGAAUUUCGGAUAGCAUAAAUUUAGAAUUGAUCUUAGAAAUCCAUUUAUUGUUUUUUUCUAUUUCUGUAUCAUCCUAGUUGUAAUCUUUUGUACAUUCUCAACUAUAAAUAAACAUGAUGACUAUCUCACCAGAUAGGUAGAAAAUAUUUUUCAGAAUAUUUUUUUCCCACAUCGAAAGGCAUUCAUAUUGUUAAAAUAAACAUAUGCCUGAUUGGAAACUAGCCGUUUAUAAUAAUAUAUAUAAACUUUUCAGUUUGCGUAGAAAUUGUAUUUAGGAGUAGAUAACUAACAUAUACAUUCAACACAGUACUCAUUAUACUAUUGCUCCAUCGAUCGUUCCUGUAACCCCAAUAAUUAUGAGUGCUUCCAUCCAAGCCAGCUAAUUAGGUUCUAUGAUCAGUAAUAGAUAAACGAUCGCCUCCCAUUGAGGAUAAGGUCCGUCAAGUGGCAAGGUUGGAGGUGGAGGCAAGCACUCUACGGAAAUGGGACAGCAAAUCUGGUCCGAGAUCUCUUAUCCUGAGUGAGUAUUACUCGUAACUCGUUAUCGUCUUCUCCUUCCUGCUUCCUCGAAAACUGCAGAUAUGGGAAAAGAGUUCAGAUGGUGAGCUCAUCAUGU